AUGCCUGCCCCAACCGCUCUUCAGCGCGUUGCGCCCGAGGAAAUCGCUCAAAACCUUCACGAGACCCCUUCCGCCGCCAACGACGAGGACGAGUUCAUGAUCAGCACUACCGAUGCCCCUGCCGUCCAGGUCGCCGAUCAGCCUUCCGAAGACACAGCCAUGACCGUCGACUCACAACCUCUCUUUGCCGCUGAGAAGGCCACCAACCAGGUUUACCGCGCGGAAUCCCGUAAGGUCGCUGUUCCUCCUCACCGCUGGACUCCCCUGAAGAACGCCUGGCCCAAAAUCUACCCUCCUCUCGUCGAGCACUUGAAGCUACAAUGCAGAGUCAACAUUAAAUCAAAAGCAGUGGAACUGAGAACCUCUCCUUCAUCAGAAGCUGGCUCGCUUCAGCGUGGAGCAGAUUUCAUCACUGCCUUCACAAUGGGAUUCGAUCUCGACGAUGCAAUUGCUUUGCUCAGACUGGACGAUCUGUACAUCGAGACCUUCGAAAUAAAAGAUGUGAAAACACUUGUCGGUGAACAUAAGGGACGUGCAAUCGGUCGUAUCGCAGGAAAAGACGGAAAGACAAAGCACGCCAUCGAGAACGCAAGCAAGACUCGUGUCGUGCUCGCAGAUUCAAAGAUCCACAUCCUGGGUGGUUUCAAGAACAUCCACAUGGCACGUACUGCCAUUGUGUCCCUCAUCCUGGGUAGCCCGCCUGCCAAGGUCUACGGUAACCUCAGAACCGUUGCCUCAAGAAUGAAGGAGCGCUUCUGA